AUGAAAGGUGCGGCGGUCAUCGCCGACGCCUGGAUUCCAGGUGUAGAAAUCAGCCAGGGUUAUCCCAUACUUGGCGGCCAAGGCGCUGCAUUGGUCGCCGGAGACGAGAUGGUAUUCGUCACAGUUUGGUGCGGCUCCGUCCAUUGUGAGAGAUGGUGUAGCAGGGCCAAUGGUAGUCGAAGAAGAAGCAGUAGUAGUGGUCGAAGACGAAGGAACUCCAACGCAGACACAGUACUCUGUCUUGAGCGUGCGGCAGUCAUCGCCAACGCCGGAAUUCCACGAUAUUCGAAGAAGGAUCUUAACAGCGGUUCCUGUGUUCUGGAUGAAGGGCUAGGGGUACCUGAGAGAGGCGUAUUCCACGAUGACGAUGAUGGUGAUAGCGAGGAUGUUUGGGACAAUGGCAACCUGGAGCCAUACAAGCCGCCUUCUUCCAAGCAGCUUCGUCGUCACCACAGAAAGACUGUGGUGGCAGCAGAAAACUGGCGAUUGGCAAACGCCUCCUCUCCCGUGCAAGUCGUAGAAUCGGUCUUCUACAAAGCGAGGAAUGACGAUGACACAGAGAAGCCAGAUGCCGUCGACUUGUCGCAAUUCUUCAACUACCAGUACUUCGCCUGUCCCGCUCGAGGAACGAGGAACCCGACCCUGACUGAUUUCCGCUACCGUCUUGUGCUGACAUGCGAGCAAAAGGGCAAGAAUUACUGCACGGACCCGGAUACCAGGCUCAAGACCGACCUAGGCAUAACGACUAAAAGCUCCCUGAUCAUGCCUCUGGCCCAUGGUAUCGAUCGGACUGAAUGGGAGAACUCAGGCAGAACGCUGAGCUACAACUUCAAGCACAACUUCUGUUUGGCCUUUGGCCUGGCCUACAUGACCAGUCUUAGCGAGACCUCCGAUCAAUGGGGGAACAUGUCUAUCCAAGACUGGACUCGUACCUCGGACGGAGGAGCUUGCAAGACUCCAUCCGAUGUUUUCUGUGCAAUCAACGUUCACAUCCAGCACAAUGUCUAUCGAUUUGGCGGGUGCAAUCGUAUUUGCUACCACGAGCAGCGGGGAAGAGUUGUGCUUUCGAAGACGACCAGGAUAUGCACGAUGCAGGUCAACUUCGACGGGAGUCUCUUCGACGACCACCCUGCAACAGGCACUUGGUCCAAGCGAGAUGCGGCGAUUGGAAAAUUUGGGGAGUGGGAUAUUGAAAACCCAGAGGCCUGGUUCCCUCUUCCCGAAAAUGAGUUCCAACUCAGUCCGGGCAAUCUAAUGUCUGAACACUUCGUGGAGAAGAAACUGUACUCGUAUAGUAGCUAG